AAAAUCAACAAGAUAAAAGAAAAAACUUGCUGGUUUCUAUACAAAAAGACAGCAACAAUUUUUCGGUAGUAGACAAUGAAGAAGAGUUAAAAAGUUUUAAACUAAUUCAAGGAAAUUUUGAUUAUAAAUUUCGCACCGGUGUCUCUGUGACUAGGAAAGAUAUUUGCCGCUUUUUCUAUGAAAAAAAGCGUUUGUCUAUAACUUCUUACUUUAUUAGAAACCAGAAAGGCAAAAAAAUUAAAAUAAGCGAAAAUUUAUCUCCUUCAACAGAAUUAGAAAAUGAAGUGAUGCGUCCUUACAUAACUACUUCUAAUCUCUCUCUGUUUAAAAAGAAUGAAAAAGAAAUCGAAUGA